AUGGAAAUAAAUUUAAUAUCAAAUCUUUUUAUUUCAAUUAUUAUUGGUAUAUUAACAAUUGUUCUUCCAUUACAACAAGAAAAUUUAAGUGAAUAUCAACAUAAAAAUUCAAAAGCAACGGUAUUCAAUAAUCAUUUAAAAUAUAUGCACUCAUUACAUGAUGAACAUCAUCAAAUUAUAUUAAAUAUUUAUGAACAAGAUUUAAUGAAUCUUAUUCUUAAAUAG